AUGUCUGAAUCAGAUCUUUUAGCUAGUGACCAUAUCGAUGGUCUUGAUGGUCUUGAAAAUGGCCAAGAUGGAGAUGCCAUUAUGCAGUGUGAUGGCGUGAAGCGAGAAUUGGGAGAAGCAAACGUUGAUGAUCCUGAACUGGAGGCAAUUAAAGCACGAGUAAGAGAAAUGGAGGAAGAAGCAGAGAAAUUGAAGCAGCUACAGUCUGAGGUAGAUAAGCAGAUGAACAUGGGUAGCCCACCUGGUAUCACAAGCCCAUUAAAUAUGUCAUUGGAAGACAAAAUGGAAGUUGAUAAUCGGUCUAUUUAUGUGGGCAACGUUGAUUAUGGCGCUACAGCAGAAGAGUUGGAGCAACAUUUUCAUGGCUGUGGUAGCAUUAAUAGAGUAACAAUUUUGUGUAAUAAAUUCGAUGGUCACCCGAAAGGGUUUGCUUAUAUCGAGUUCGCCGAGCGUGAUUCUGUGCAAACAGCAAUGGCCAUGGAUGAGUCUAUGUUCAGGGGACGUCAGAUUAAAGUGAUGCCUAAGAGAACAAAUAAACCUGGAUUCUCUAUGACAAACCGGGGUCCCAGAGGAACAAGAGGCUAUCGGGGUAUGGCUAGAGGAAUUAUCCGUGGCAGUGCAUAUUUUGGAUACAGACCCGCAAGGCGACCUAGGAGUUACAGACGUGGUUACUAUAUGCCAUAUUGACCAUUUUAAAGGCACAACAUUGUUCUACAGAUGGCAAGGUAAGUUUUUAUCUCAGAUCAUGUAUACUAUAAUUUUUAGUCAUUGUUCAAAGAGAAGUUCUCCCACGCGAUGUAUAAAAUUAGAAUAAAUUGGGACUUGACUGUGUGGAUUAGUUCCUAUUGAUUGCGGCUAAAUAUAAUUUUGGAAAAAAUAGAUGGCCAUAAGAUCGUUUCUUUGAACAAUUUCCAAAUAUUGCACAUUUUGUUAUAACCUAAGGAAAGACCAGAAGUAAUUGAUUUGUAAUAAAUCAAUAACGAUACUGGGAAAUUAAUGUAAAUAUCUGAAUCUUUAAGCCGGAUGUUUGCGAGUGAUCAUUUUCCUUAUUUAACUUCCUAUUGGAAAAGCAAAUAAUGUUUUUCAACUUGAAUAAAUAAAGUUACUAUAAAAUUAAGAUAGAGGUCUACUGGUUAUUCCUUGAUACGAUACAUAAACGAAACACUUGUUAAUUAGUACUAGUUAUUAUUUAAUUCCUAAUAUAAUAAUCUAAUGUAUCUAUUUGAUUGAACUCGAUAAGUCCUACAUGCAUUUAAACUGAAAGUAAUUAACAGUUGUUUAUUCACACUUUAUUGUAACAGAAUAUAUUUAGAUACAUUAGUGUUAACACUUGGCCAUAAUAAGAAUCUAUACUAUAAACAAUAUUGUGCAGUACAUACGAUAUUAGAAACUGUCUUGUGGUUCGCUUUAAUUAAUUCAACUCAAGUGUGCACAUCAUUUAUGGAUCUGAUAUUUUAUAAGUUAAAAGUAUAGAAUAUAUGGCCUUGUGUGAGAUAUAAUAUUGCACAUUGUAAGUUUUUGUGGGAAAUUGAUUAAAAAUUUACACAAAAAGCUUACAAGCAUAUAUCAUCAUGCUUUGCACUGGAAAGCAGUCAAAAUAUUUAAGUAAAUUCUUAUGAUAUGUCCACAGAAAAAAAACUGAUACGAUGGGAAAAAAAAGAAAAAGAAAAACAUCAUGUGUCAAAAGAAAAAAAAGAUUGGAGAAGGACAUAAAAAUUGAUUUAAUAACCAUCAUAUAAAUCUACAAAUGUAGAACAGCGAUCAUUCACUGUUGUAGUUCAAUGCUGUCUUUGAAAAAUAUAUAUGAAUACUUGAAAUGUAUGUAUUUAAAAAUGAAAAAACAAUUAGAAAAAAAGGUCUUACUAUCUUUGAUACAAAAGAGUUAAACAAGCAGCACCUUUUUAUACGGAAGUAUACCCAUAUUUUAGUGUAAUCUCAUUUUUUAUAUAAAAUAAUGUAUACACAUACAUAUUGUAAUUGUAGGAAUAAUAGCACUCAUAUAUUGACCCUUUGCGUCACGGUGUUGUACCGGUAACAACAGCUAUCAGGUUUAUUUCAAUAAAUCAAAUAGUUCACCUACUCUUAUAGCAUAUGGUAUCAUUGGACUGAUAAGGUGUUUCUCUAAUACAUUUACAUUUACUGCCAUAUGUUAAGUAACCAAUUUAUUAUUCAUAAAUACUAUAUAUCAAAAAAACUGUUAAUUUUAGUGAAUUAAUUCUUUGUGAAAAAUUUUCAGUAUAAUCAGCGACCCUAAAAAAA